AAUUAGCCAGGAAGGGUGUCUCAUGGACAUGGCUAAUAACAGGGCGGUGCUUUUAGGGAAAAAAGUGGAUGUUUUUAGGCUUUCCAGGUAUCAGCACUUUCCAGUUCUAAUUCUUCACCUGUAACUUAGAAAUGAUUUUUUUUCCCAGCAGGUUUCAAGAGUGGCUUCUGACAGGGAUAGCUCUAAACUCUAAUGCGAACUGAUAAAUUAUGAGCAACAUAACGCUGGUGCAGAAGUAACUAGAAAAUGCCACAUAUUAAGGACAAUGCUUACAAGUGUUCCUUUAACACUUGUUAAAGUGUUGAGGUUGUGACACCGCAAAUCACCUAGGUUAAUAGUUUGGCACAUUGGACUGUUUGUUAGUGACAAUACUCUUCGAGAGGAUGCUAAUGUUAAUGCCAAGUCUCCCAAUUUUAAAUUGUUUUAGCCUACAAUGCCCAGAAGCAAGUAAGUUUUGGUAGGAGAAAGUGUAAUGUUGUUGCAAAAAAAUGGUUGUUUAUAUAUCAUAAUUUAAUGUAUGGUGAAGUGAAUCCAGGUCACUGAAGUAUUACCCAUGCAUUGGUUGGGGAACCCCCUUCCCCAGCCUAGGUCCAGAAGGCUCCUGUGUUCCCUUACCUAUAAAAUCUCUACAAAGCUGCAAGCAGACAGACAUUUCUUCGGCAGAGAACACAUUGAGAUGAAUAGAAGGGCACGUUUCCAAGUCCUUUUGUGGGGGUGAUCAAGCAUGCUGGCUUCUCAGAUCAAUCCAUGGAAUUUGAUUUCCGGCAUCUUAGGAGUAAUCUGCCUUUCCUUGAUGGCUACUACGGGGAUUUUGCUGAAACACUUGCUUACUAAACAAAGUAUUCAGCCAACAAUGUCUCCAGGACUAACCACAGAAAUCCAGAAAGAAGCUGACUGUUGUUUUUGCCAAGAAAAGUGGAUUGGGAACCAAUGCAACUGCUACUUCUUUUCUACUGAAUUAAAAACUUGGGAAGAGAGUCGUGAUUUCUGUGCUUCUCAGAAUUCCAGUCUACUUCAGAUUCAAAACACAGAUGAAUUGCAUUUUAUGAGGUCCAGUACAAGCUUUUACUGGAUUGGGCUCCGUUACAGUGAAAAACAUCGUGCCUGGUUGUGGGAAAACAACUCCAACGUCUCCCAAGAUCUAUUGCCGUUAAUUCAAAAUUUAAAUACAAAGAAAUGCGUACUGUAUAGCUCAGAUCGAAGAGCUUUGGAUGAACCCUGUGGAAGUACAUAUCGUUUUAUAUGUAAGCAACAGCUGAGGCGCCCGGGUGGCUCAGUCGGUUGAGCCUCCGACUUCGGCUCAGGUCAUGACCUCGCCGUUUGUGAGUUUGAGCCCCAUGUCAGGCUCUGUGCUGACAGCCCAGAGCCUGGAGCCUGCUUCAAAUUCUGUGUCUCCCUCCCUCUCUGGCCCUCCCCUACUCAUGCUCUCUCUCUCUGUCAAAAAUAAAUAAACAUUAAAAAAAUUUUACAUGUAAGCAACAGCCUAUUUAGGUGUUUCUUGGAGUGGAAGGGGUGGGUAAUGAAGGUUCAGCAGUACUAAGUAUAUGACUUUACCUCUUGUAUUGUUGCUAAUUAUCUGCCUUAGGGAUCUGUAAAAUGUUUCAAAUUAUGUCUUAGGACACAAUUUUCCUAUAUUUGAAAUCCUGUGUUUUAACACUGAUGAAAUUCCCUACGACCUGGCAAUUGCACUACUCGGUUCUUGUCCAAGGGAUACAGGUUUCGAAGGAACUGUUUCGAAGGGACACAUGCACCCCAAUAUUUAGAGCAGGGCUGUAGACAAUAGCCCAAGUACGGAAAGAGCCCAAAUGUCCAUUGACAGGUGAAUGGAUAAAGAAGACGCGGUAUAUAUGCCCAGUGGAGUGUUACUCAGCAGUCAAAAAGAAUGAAAUCUUGCCAUUUGCGACAAUGUGGAUGGAACUAGAAGGUAUUUUGCUAAGCGAAAUUAGUCAGUCAGAGAAAGACAAAUAUCAUAUGGCUUCAUUCAUAUG